CUUGUUGCCUGCUUAUCGGCUCAGCAUGGGCUCACAGGCCCUGCCCCACGGUCACAUGCAGACCCUCAUCUUCUUAGACCUGGAAGCCACUGGCCUGCCUUACUCUCAGCCCAAAAUCACAGAGCUGUGCCUGCUGGCUGUCCACAGACAUGCCCUGGAGAACUCCUCCAUGUCUGAGGGGCAGCCACCUCCGGUGCCCAAACCACCCCGUGUGGUGGACAAGCUCUCUCUCUGCAUUGCUCCAGGGAAACCCUGCAGUUCUGGGGCCAGUGAGAUCACAGGUCUGACCACAGCUGGGCUGGAAGCACACGGGCGUCAACGCUUCAAUGACAACCUGGCCACCCUGCUCCAAGUCUUCCUGCAGCGCCAGCCACAGCCCUGCUGCCUUGUGGCCCACAACGGUGACCGCUACGACUUUCCUCUGCUCCAGGCAGAGCUUGCUUCGCUGAGCGUUAUCAGUCCUCUGGACGGUACCUUCUGUGUGGAUAGCAUCGCUGCCCUGAAGACCUUGGAGCAAGCCAGCAGCCCCUCAGAGCAUGGUCCGAGGAAAAGCUAUAGCCUGGGUAGUAUCUACACCCGCCUGUACGGGCAAGCACCAACAGACUCACACACUGCUGAAGGCGACGUUCUAGCCCUGCUCAGCAUCUGUCAGUGGAAGCCACAGGCCCUACUGCAGUGGGUGGACAAACACGCCCGGCCCUUUAGCACCAUCAAGCCCAUGUAUGGCAUGGCAGCUACUACUGGAACGGCCAGCCCAAGGCUGUGUGCUGCCACAACCUCCUCACCCCUGGCCACAGCCAACUUAAGUCCCAGCAAUGGCAGGAGCAGGGGCAAGCGACCUACGAGUCCUCCUCCAGAGAACGUCCCAGAAGCCCCAUCACGGGAGGGGCUGCUGGCCCCACUGGGCCUGCUGACCUUCCUGACCUUGGCAAUAGCCGUUCUGUAUGGAAUCUUCCUGGCCUCACCUGGGCAGUAAGUCAAGAGGGAAGAUAUGAUUAAUAAAGACUACCAUAGCACUGA